AUGUUGUUUUUCUAUCACAGUAGCUUUAUUUCCAUAAUAUUGCGACUGUCACGUGUAAUCUUUUUGUAAUUUGCGUUGUCACGUUUACCUUCAAAAAGCAAAUUAAUUACUUUACCGAUGACUUAUUUACUUUACUGAUUACAUGACAAGUUAUUUGAGUAAUUAGGCAGUUAUACACAUUUUGAGAGGGCAACAUUAUUUGCAAUUGUUUUACAUUCCAUUUGCUCGUGCUUGGUUGCACGUCGAUUUCUUGUGUCAGUCACGCGUUAAAAGCGACAUCUACUGGCGGAUAUUGAAUUCAAGGGCAAAAGGUUGGAGAUAUUUCAACACACUUGAAAAAUACCCAGCUAGAAAAAUAAAUUAAGUUCACUCGGGAGGAAAGGCUGCGGCAGCACUUUUACAGGACUUCCUGAAGUGGUUGUCAACCGGAUUAAAUUUAGACGCAUGUUGUUUGUGCUUCUGCCUCUCCCUUUGCUAUUUGCAGCAUUCGUCAGUAAUAACAAAACCAAUAGUUGGACUAGCAAAAUGUCUUGGCUCAGAAAUCAAGAACAUGGAAGUCAACAAUGCAGUGUUGGAUAUGCUCUUGUUUCCAUGGAGACGCCGCCUCACUACUGUCUUCGCAGCUGAUGUAUAGGAAAAUGAAAGUUGCCUUUUGUGGCAUUGUUACAUUAUUCUGCGAAUAGUGACUUUUUUUUCUCACAAUAUUACAACAUAGCAUUGCCUUUAUUUUGUAAAAUAAUGCAACGAUAUUCUUAUAAAGUUGCAACCCAUCGAAAUAUUCUCAUCAGUCUCUUGACAUCUUUUGCGGGAACAUUCGUAAUAAUACGUUGGCAUUUUUGUGACAUGUUUGUGCUGCAUCCAAUUGUGACUUCUUGUAUUAUACUUUUACCUGCUUUUUUUUUUUUGCUCGCAGCUCUGAUGCAACCUUUUUUUUUUUUGUCAGAUUAUGACGUAAUAUUGCCACUUUUUCUCCUCACAAUUUUGAACAUUAAUCACACAACAGUACCACUAUGCAGUAUACUGCUGACAUGCAGACUUUUGUUUCUUUAAAAAAAAAAAAAUCCUGAAGCUGGGGUGACACGAUCCAAUGAUUGCUGCCCCCUAUUGGCGCUAUUUAGACUGCAAAUGAUUGAUUGAUGGACAGCACCUGCCGGGCACUCAGACUUCCACUGACAUUCUGCCGAAUUAAACCCUGGCAGAAUUUGACCGACUUGGACAUCACAUUUUAUUUUUGAACAUGCUUAUGGCCCAAUGCACUUUACUUGUCGUCUUCCUUUUGAUCGCCUGUUGCCAUGGCACACAUGAAAAUGCAUCAGGUGGCGUUGGAGAUGAAGAGGUUGAAGCAAAAGGUAGAACACCCGCUUUGAACUCCACCAACAAUAUGACACGUUUCACCUGUGGAAUCAUGGCAAAUUUGGCCGCCGUGCUGCUAUACGGAAGCACCUUUGUUCCGGUUAAACGCAUCGAGUCGGGAGAUGGAAUGUUUUUCCAGUGGGUGUACUGUGCAGGCAUCUGGUUGGUGGCCAUGAUCGGAGAUGUGAUGCUCCGCUCUCCCAAAUUUCAUCCUUUGGCAAUGCUCGGGGGUGUCAUCUGGGCCACAGGCUGCGUGAUGGUUGUCACGAUCGUCAAAGCCAUCGGGCUCAGUCUGGGGGUUUUAAUCUGGGGCUCCUCCAGUUUGCUGAUUGGCUGGGCCACUUCAAGGUUCGGGUGGUUCGGGAUUACUCCCGAGGAUGUUUUGCGUCCGGUGUUGAAUUACUGCGGCGCUGGAUUGUGUCUGCUCAGUGGCAUGAUAUUUUUCUUUGUGAAAACCGACGUGCAGCAUCAUCCUGAUCCCGAAAUUGUCCCGUUACUCAUCGACAGGCGAACCAACUCCGGCUCCUACAGCCCGACUUCAUCCAUGUUCUGGAUUGACUUUGUCGGAGUCAGACGCAGACGCUUCAUAGGCUACCUGUUGGCCGUGUUGUCUGGCAUCUUCUUCGGCUCCUCCUUCACGCCAAUGCUCUACAUCAAGAGUCAUUCGUCAUGCCCUGACAGCAUGUUCCACGGAGCCAGCGUUUACGACCUGGAUUAUGUCUUCGCAGAAUGUUGUGGGAUAUUUGUGGCCAGCACAGUGUACUUGGCCAUCUAUUGUGUUGUCAUGAAGAGCAGGCCAAGGAUCUACUCCAGGAUCAUUCUACCAGGCCUGUUGUCGGGGUCAAUGUGGGUGCUGGCUACGUACUGCUGGACUUUGGCCAACAACUACUUGAGUGUCGUGGUCACCGUUCCCAUUGUGACAGCAGGAAACGGGCUUGUUGCAGCACUCUGGGGAAGUCUGCUGUUCAGGGAGAUUAAGGGGUUAAUGAACUGCUUAAUAUUCUGCCUGGCAUCCUGCGUGGUGUUGACGGGCUCCUUGUUGACAGCCAUCUCCAAUUUGUAA